AUGGAUCCGGAUGGAUAUCGAUCUUAUUUUCGUGAUUUGCGUAAAGAACCACAGAUUUUAAGUCAUCGACAAGCAGGUGGUGGAGGAGUAAUGGUGUGGGCUGAAAUUGGAUAUUAUGGAAACACGGAAAUUAAGUUUAUGAGUGGAAAAAUGGAAAGUUCACAUUAUAUUACUUUAAUAGAUGAACAGUUGGAAAAACAUGCAGUAAAAAUUGUUCAGUGUGCGGCAAAGUCCGGUGGUUCAGUGGUGGAGCACCAUCCUUCUUACUGGGAGCAACCCUUCAACCAGCCUUACUUCGACAACACAACGAAGAGGGACACCACGACGACCGUCGGCCAAACCGCUUUCCUGCCCUGCAGGGUGCGCAAUCUCGGCGAUCGUGCUGUGUCCUGGAUCAGAAAGCGAGAUUUGCACAUCCUCACUGUAGGAAUUUUAACGUACACGACCGACCAACGUUUCCAGACAGUACACAGAGACGGAUCUGACGAAUGGACUUUGAAGAUUAGUUCACCGCAGCUACGCGACAGCGGAACAUACGAGUGUCAGGUCUCGACCGAAUCGAAGAUCAGCCAGGCUUUUAACUUGAGCGUCGUCGUGUCGAAGGCGAAGAUCAAUGGUAAUUCGGAGCUGUAUAUCAAGAGUGGAAGCGACAUCAAUCUGACCUGCAUAGUAUUGCAGACACCCGAGCCGCCGUCCUUCAUUUAUUGGUAA